AUUUUGGACACUCCAAAUAGUACUGUUUAUUCUGUGGUAAGCUUCUGGCCCAUAGGUUAUUACAUACGUAUAGAUAAAUAACCUUUGUGCAUGUUUAUAAGAGGGAUCAACUUUCAAAGCUUAGCAGCGGAAUUCUUGCUUGAGAACCUGACGAAGUAUUGUUUGGGUGCAUCCUCUUUUUAGGUUUCAGAAAUAGGAUCAAUGAUAUUUGUAUUGGGCAAAACCUCACUUGACUUCUGAUGAAUAUAAAAACACUGAAGAAAUUGUCAGGAAAUUUCAGCUGGGCAUUGGCAGUGACCUACAUGCAAAGUUGUUGGCUCAUGCCUCAAGCAAAAAGAAUUGGCUUGAGGACUGGUGGCUCCACUAUGCCUAUUUAUUGGGCCGUGACCCCAUUCUGCCCACGAUGAAUACUACAGGACCCUUACCCCUCAAUCUAACUAUUUGGAAACCAACAGAUGAAGACACUGCUGAUAGGUGUGCUUUGUACUUGUGGAGUGCUCUGCGCAUCUAUAAGGCUAUCCGGGAACAACGACUUCAUCCUCAAGUGUCCAAAGAUGGUCAAAGGUUCUGCAUGAAUCAGUUCCGUUAUGUGUUCAACUGUACUAGGAUCCCAGGUCAAGAUGCUGACAGCCUUUAUCAUACAUGGAAAAGUGAGGAGGAGGGAGAUUGCCCAACUCAUAUCAUUGUACUGUGUCAUGGGCACAUUUGGCUGAUGAAUCCUUGGGAUGAUCAAGGUAACUCGAUGACAGCUCCAGAACUUGAAAUCCAGUUGAGACACAUUCGGGAGACAAGUGAUGAAAUGGGCAAGGGUCCUGGUGUACCUGUACUCACAUGUGAUAACAGAAACAACUGGGCACAGAAUCGAGACUGGUUGAAAUCAAUAAGUCUGAACAACAUGACAUGCUUAAACACCAUUGAAUCAGCAGCAUUUGUUUUUGUGCUGGACGACUCCAAGCCAUCUGAUUACUCUGAGCUUUGUUGGCAAGGCCUGUGUGGAGAUACAACCAACCGCUGGGCUGAUAAAAGCACUACUUGUAUCAUGACCAGAAAUGGAUUGGGGACUAUGAACAAUGACCACACUCCUUAUGAUGCCAUGGUGUCUGUUGUGCUCUGCCAUUACACUGUGAUGCUGAUGGAAGAAUGGGGAGGGAAGUGGUUGGGAAGCCCCAGUGUUCGGAACUUCCCAAUGCCAACUCUUCUUCACUUUGAUAUGGACAUGAAGAUAAUCCAGGCCAUUGAAGAAGCUAAAGCAAACAGUUUACUCUAUGGUCAGAAUGUAGCAGUUACUUAUUAUGUUUUUGAUGCAUAUGGAAAGGAUCUUAUGAAGCUUCAUAGGCUACACCCUGAUGCUUAUGUUCAAAUGGCAUUGCAGCUGAGCUACCAGCGAAUGCAUAACAAACCUGCCCCUACUUAUGAAACUGCAACUACUCGACAGUUUUAUCAUGGACGAACAGAAACCAUGCGGUCUUGCACCAUAGAAUCUACAGAAUGGACAAAUACAAUGCUGGACCCAAAUGCUACUAAUGCAGAGAAGAAGCAAAAGUUGAUCAAUGCCAUCAAAACGCACAUAUCUCUGAUGAUUGAAUGUACUAAAAACGAAGGUAUAGACAGACACAUGUUUGGACUCUACUGUAUUGCUGUAGAGCAUGGUAUUGACAUUCCAGAGAUCUUUACUGAUCCUGCAUAUGCAAAGAGUGGUGGUGCUGGUAAUUUUGUCAUAUCUUCAAGCACAGUUGGUUACACUCCAGUUGUUGGAGGUGUAGCACCCAUGGUCAAGGAUGGGUAUGGUUGUUUCUAUUCCAUGAUGCCCACCAGUCUCAACUUCUUUAUAAGUAGCUUCAAAAACUCUGAGGAGACAAAGGCAGAUGAAUUCACCAAAGCUCUUGAAAAGUCCUUGAAGGAGAUGAGAGAGGUGUUGAGUGUUCCUAAUUCAAAUCUCUAAAAGGAUUCAUCAUUCCUUUCAUAGGCUUCGAAUGGCUUCAUCUUGUAUGACACGUAAUUGGUUUAGAGCUGUCUUUUAUGUCAUGAUGUCAUUUAUUUUGUAUUAGGUAUGUUAUUUUAUUUUUAACCACCAAACCCGGAGAAAAUAAGUAAGACAAUAGUAAGAAUGUGAGAGAUGAUCACCAAGAAGCAGCGCCACUUCUUAUUAAUGGGAAUUUCUGUGAAUUGCAUAUAUUUCAUGUGAUCUAGUUUUGUAUAUGAUUUUUUGAUUGAAAUAUGAUACGAAGUGGAGGAGAGAGAACAUAUACUGUAGACUACAGUCAGUAGAUAUUCUCACAACAGUAAUUUCCCCAAAAGGUUGAUUUUGUCACAGAUAAUUGAUACCAACCAAAUGUAUAUAAAAAUCAUUUCAAAUUCUUUCUAUGUAGUGUCAAGAAGUCUACCUCCAGCAUAUCCUAUCUUCCUGUUACACUGUAUGUGUGAGACAGUGAUUGAAGAUUCAUCCUCUGGACUGGCUGACUUCUUUUUGACACCAGAAGAAUUAAUUAUUAUUCUUUUCUUUGUGGUCAUUUUAGUCCUCAUAUUUUGUUAUAUUCUCUCUUUCUCUCUCCUAACAACACAGUAUAAUAGCAGCUUUACUGUGGUGAUAAUUUCAAUGCAAUAAUUUCAUGGUUUUAUAGUGUAAGGGAGUAUUGUAAGGUUUAGAAAACUUACUGUAUUAAUGUUUAUAACUUUUGGUAAAUCAUGUAGUUCAGAAAAUAAAUAAAAUUGUUGCUAUCUUC